GAACAUCGCCAUUUUUGACAUCGUACGGUACGAGAAAAAGGGAGAAUUGUAGUUGGAGCUUCUCCUUCCGGUUCCCAUCCUGAUUUCCUUUUAUGGGUUUGCUUCUCUUUCUCUAGGUUUGCACAUUUCCCUUCCAUCACAAUCCAUAUCAUGUUUGCACAGCACAAUGCUUGUCGUCGUUUGGUGUGGCUUAUAGAAUCUGCAUAUGAACCUUGUACCUCCAAUACUUAAUCUUUCGUUCUUUCCCACUGCACUUUCUUGAAAUAAUGGGGGGCCACGCGUUUUCUUCCCAUGUCCCACCCAUCGAGACGCCUCGUAUGACUCAAGAAGUCUACGACAACGCUCUCAAACAGAAUCAAGCAGUUCUACGCAAAUUUUACUCCAAAGUUGAGAGUGCUAUUGAAGGGCCUGGCAAGACUACUUAUGGGGAUGUUGACAUCCUUGUUGCACUACCUUUGGAGGGCGCGUUUUCUUCUAAAGAUCAAGUCGGGGAUGUGCUCAAGAAAGCUUUGAAUGCUAAGGCCUUGUUGCAAGACAAAGGCAGCCCUACCAUCAACUUUGUGGUUCCUUGGCCAGGAGAUAAUAUCGCUGGUGCUAAGGGUGGAGAGAAUCUGGCUGAAUCUACAGAUACUUCGUCGGCGAGUUGGUACGUUCAAGUAGAUGUCCAUAUAUGUAAAAGCGAGCAUGAAUUCGACUGGGAGCUAUUUCAUUCUGCUCAUGGCGACCUAUGGAACAUAAUUGGCACCACGAUCAGAGGUUUUGGGCUUACUAUCAACAACCACGCGUUCUUCAUACGAAUCCCCGAAAUUGAGUUGGCAGAUAGGAAGAAGAGUAUGGUAUUUCUGACUGACAAUCCGGCCGAGAUACUGGACUUCUUGGGGCUUGAUCAAGAAAAGUGGUGGAAACGUUUCAGUACUCAACAGGAAAUGUUUGAAUAUGCCGCUACUUGUCGAAUGUUCUGGGUCAGAGGUGUGGCCGAGAAUGAAGCGGAUGGAGAUGCUACUGGUGUUAUUGCCGAGAGGGGCCAAGAGGGCGGAGCAGAGGGGAAGAAAAAGCUAAAGCACAAUGAUCGUCAACGUCUGGUAAAACGACCCAUUUUUAGAGCCUGGGUUGAUGAAUUUAUACCCAUGUGUCACGAAGAAGGAAAGUAUAGCGAUACUAAAAUCACGAGGGAACAAAUUCGAGAUGAAGUUUUCGAAAGAUUUGGUAUCAAGGAUGAAUACGAAACUAGGCGACACGACUGGAAUCUUGCAAGACAUCUAGUGGAAGUGAUGAAUGACGGUAUCAAAGCUAAUAUUCCUCUGGAUGGAGGUGAUAAUCAAAUGAGGUCGGCAGCUACAAAGGUUCUGAAGGGUGUCAUUAUGGAGGGAGAACUAUACGAGGGGGCUAUCCCAGAAGCUGCGAUCAAGGAUGAGGACGGAUUUUACAACAUUCGUCUGGUCAAACUCUUUGUGGUUGAAAACUGGAGGAACGCAAUGAAGAUUGGAAUGGCAAGGCAACAAGCCAAAGCCAGGGAAGCCAUGAAGGCGAAAGCUGAGAAAAAGGCACGGGCAGAGCGAGAUUCUAGUUUGUGCGAUGUAGUGUGAUGUGGAAAAGACUGAUGGACAAUACUGAUUAAUGAAUGAGUGCCUCGAAGAAGGAUCAAAGUACUAAUGGUGUUGGUCAGGAUCUGAUGCCAAGGCAGCGGCUGUGGCCGAGGGUUUUGAGGCCGAGGGUUUUGAUGGCCAUGAGGCGGAAGACCGGUGA